CUCGAUUCAAUCAUCCAGCUAGCACACAACCACCUUCAUUGAAUUUCUCAUAUCCAGCUAAGUACGAACUUCCAUGGCGUCAGCCUCGUGGCCACCACAGCUCAAAGAUUGGGUUGCGAAAUGUUUGGGACAAAUGACAGACAGUAAUAGAAAGGAAGCUCAAGAUGAACUAAGGCAGGUAAUCGCUGACGCUUUUGCCGCACUGGAACGGCGUGCAACUGGAAAGGUUCGGGCCCUAUCGAGAUUUGGUAUCUUCACCCCUCAUGCAAACUUCAGUCUUUUACCAAAACCGGCCCCUACUCUCAAACGCAAGAUAAAUGUUACUGCCCCCGUCAGCAAGAAAGCCAAAAAAUCAUUUCUAAAGCAAAUUACAGCUGGCACUGCAUCUUUGGACUUGAAUGAUCAAGCAGCACUCAACCGUAGAGCAGAGCGUUUCCAACGAGAACACGAAAUUGAGCGGCAGAAGUCGAGAAAUUCGUCAUUGAAGGCAAACGCUUCAGCAUCUCCUUUCGGAAACUCCGAUGAACCAGAAGCGGAUCCGAGUGAGCAGAACGUCAUCGACUGGGACCGUUUCACAAUAGUAGGGACUUCGAGGGAAAUUUUCAAAGAUUAUAUAAGAUUGACAGACGCCCCAAAACCAGAAACAAUUCGACCUUAUGCUGUCCUUCAAGAGACACUUGUACAACUCAAGAAACGAUGGAGAGAAAAGUGCUCGUAUGACUGGAUAUGUAAUCAGUUCAAAAGUCUUCGUCAGGAUCUUACUGUCUACGAAAUCCAUGCCCGUAUGGCACUUGAAAGCAACGAUGUGGUGGAAUAUAACUCAUGCCAAGCAACGCUCAAGACGCUCUACGAAUUGGGGAUACCUGGAAAAGUGGAGGAGUUCACGGGAUACCGGAUACUCAUGCUCCUACACGGGCGCAACAGAAGCGUUACCGAACAAUAUCUCUAUCUUUCGUCCAAAACGAGCUCGGAUUUGAUGACUUGGAUUCUACUAUCAAAUUUUUGGAAGAACACUAGGAAAGAUGCUACAAAUUUCAGUAACGGAACAGGCAAAGCGAAUUUAAUUGAUACAGCAAAUGCGACGCGGGGUCUGCGUUGGGGUGGACCUAUGGACAUAAAAAAUCCAUCGAUGAAGGUGGCAUAUGACCUAGAUCUUCGACAGUUUGCAGAUGAAAGAGAGUCGAAGUCUCCUUCUUCCAGCUCUGUGGUCGCUGCCAAACUAUCCAGUCUUCGGGAAUCUGCGGGGACGGACGCCACUCGGAAUUAUGAGUGGAAGAAUUUAGAGGCAAUUCGCUCAGAGUCGGAAGAUCUUCAAACUCGUAAAAUUCCUCUGGUGAAUGGAAUGAGGGAGAUUGAAAAGCACUGGAUUGGACAAGACGGGGAAACUGGUGAAAUACCGGUGAAGCGGGAGGCGUAUGGGAUGGGGAAUCAGGCCACGGGGGAGAUUCAGCAAAUUGGGGCUGACGAUACGGGGGCCACCAUGCAGUACAUAGUUGACCCUCCAAAGUCGUUGUAUUGUGCUCGGAGUGAAUAG